AUGAAACAUCUCGAUCGUAUACUUGACCAUGUCCAUAACCCGGGGAAACUCCGCCAUCAUCGGCAUCACCAGCAACAGCCUCGACCACAAUAUCAACAGCAAUACCAGCAGCCUCCAAUGGCACAAGUUCCCCCUGUCGCUACCCAAGAUGCACCGCAGUCUGUCCCUGUGCUGUCCGACUCGCAUAAUGUCUUCGCUCACUUUAUUAUUGGAAAUGCGUAUUAUAUGACGCCUGACCAAUGGGAGUCAGACAUUAUAGAGGCGCAGAAAGCACACAUUGAUGGGUUUGCGUUGAACAUUGCACCGCAAGAUCAUCAUACUGAUCGAGCCCUCCUAGCCGCAUAUGAUGCAGCUGAAAAGAUUGGAGACUUUUCCCUCUUCAUCUCUUUUGACUAUUUGUCUGGAGGGCCGUGGCCGGCAGACCGAGCUAUCACUAUUAUUAAUGCUUAUAAAAAUCGAAAGGCACAGUACUAUUACAAGGGGAAGCCACUGGUGUCAACGUUUGAAGGUGUUGGAAAUUCAGGCGACUGGCCAAGUAUCAAGGCCGCCACGGGUUGUCUAUUUAUUCCGUCCUGGACAAGCAUGGGACCAGCGGGUAUACGCAAUGUUUUGGAUGAUGUUGACGGUGCCUUCAGCUGGGAUGCUUGGCCUGUUGGUGCACAGGACAUGAAGGUGUCCAACGAUUUGGAUUGGAUGAAGGCUCUUUCAGGAAGGCCAUAUAUGAUGCCCGUCGCUCCCUGGUUCUACACAAAUCUCCCCCAGUGGAACAAGAAUUGGCUGUGGCGUGGAGAUGAUCUAUGGCAUUAUCGUUGGAAGCAGGUUAUUGAGUUGCAGCCGCCGCUUGUCCAGAUCUUGAGUUGGAAUGAUUAUGGAGAGGCGCAUUACAUCGGCCCUAUUUAUGAGGCUGGAGUGCCUGAAGGGGCUUCGCGUUAUAUCGCUAAUCACCCCCAUGACGCAUGGCGAACCUUUUUGCCCCAUUACAUCGAUGCAUAUAGACGGAACAUCGCGAACAGCCGUGGCAACGCAGCCAGAACUGUUCUCCACCAGAAGUACCCAAUAUCUCAUGCGGAUAAGGUCGUUUACUGGUAUCGAUUGAACCCAGGGCAGUCUGGUAGCGCUGACGGCACGACUGGCAAUAAUCCACGCAUAGGACAACCAGAAAUGAAGCCUCAUGAGGUCUCACAGGACAAGGUGUUUGUCAGCGCUUUUGUUGCUGAGCCAAGCGAGAUCCAUGUCCAAAUUGGAUCAGGCCCACAUUCUGUUCUUGAUGCAGCGCCUGGUCUCAACCAUGGAUCUUUUCGCUUCAACGGACAGACCGGUCCUGUAAGAAUCUCUAUCGUGCGAGGGAACCGAGAGGUUGUGACAACCAUGGGUCCAGCAAUUACCGAGCAGUGUGCGGGUGGCCUUGUAGACUGGAAUGCUUACCUUCCUGAGGCUACCCCAGCCACCAUUACAUCCUCAACUGCGAGCACUACUUCCUUUUCCCCAGAAGACUAUUCGAAGCCAUACUGUGAAUUUAUGACAGCAAACCCCACGAUUUUUCAUGCAGUCGACGGCUUCACAAAGCAGCUCGAAAGCAAGGGAUAUAAGCGCCUUCCCGAGCGUGAAUCGUGGAACUCCAAGCUAGAGAAGGGUGGGAAGUACUACGUUACGCGUAAUGGUAGUGCCUUUAUCUCAUUCUCAAUCGGAAAAGAUUAUAAGAGUGGCAAUGGCAUGGCCAUUGUCGCCGGUCAUAUCGAUGCACUCACCGCCAAAUUGAAGCCAGUGUCCAAGCUCCCCACCAAGGCUGGCUUUCUUCAACUCGGAGUCGCGCCCUACGCAGGCGCCCUAGGCGACACAUGGUGGGAUCGCGAUCUCUCAAUCGGUGGCCGUGUCCUGGUCCAGGAUCCCAACACCGGGAAAAUCGAGUCUAGAUUAAUCAAGUUGGAUUGGCCGGUUGCCCGGAUCCCAACCCUGGCCCCUCACUUUGGAGCCCCCUCACAAGGCCCCUUUAACAAAGAGACUCAAAUGGUUCCUAUCAUUGGUAUUGAUAACUCCGAUCUCUUCCAGGAGCAAACCCCGUCCACGACCGACCACAGCAGUGGGAUCAAGUCCGGCACAUUUGCAAGCACGCAGCCGGAGAAGCUUGUCAAAGUCAUAUCCAAAGAACUUGGUAUUACAAACUACAGCUCAAUCAUCAACUGGGAGCUGGAGCUGUACGACAGUCAGCCAGCACGGCUUGGUGGCUUAGAUAAGGAUCUGAUCUUCGCUGGACGGAUUGACGAUAAGCUUUGCUGCUAUGCCGCUCAAGAGGCUCUACUUGCAUCACCAGACAGUACUUCAACCAGCUCUAUCAAGAUGGUAGGCAUGUUUGACGACGAAGAAAUCGGAAGCUUGCUUCGCCAAGGAGCUCGGUCCAAUUUCAUGAGUAGCGUCAUGGAGCGCAUUACUGAAGCUUUUUCGCCCAGUUAUGGUCCCAACGUGUUAGCGCAGACUGUGGCGAACAGCUUCUUCGUGUCGUCAGACGUGAUCCAUGCAGUCAACCCAAACUUCCUCAACGCAUACCUGGAGAACCAUGCUCCCCGUCUAAACGUCGGUGUGGCCGUCUCAGCUGAUUCUAACGGCCACAUGACAACGGACAGUGUGAGCUACGGAUUUAUCAAGCGUGUUGCUGAUCGUUGUGGCUCAACCUUGCAGGUUUUCCACAUUCGUAACGACUCCCGUAGUGGCGGGACCAUUGGACCCAUGACCAGUGCUCGCAUUGGCAUGAGAGCCAUCGAUGUAGGGAUCCCGCAAUUGAGUAUGCACAGUAUUCGUGCAACAACCGGUAGCCUGGAUCCUGGCCUGGGUGUGAAGCUGUUCAAGGGCUUUUUUGACUACUUCGAGGAGGUUGACAAAGAAUUUGCAGAUUUCUGA